UCAGCGCAAUCCUCGGAUGACAGUAUGGAGUCGUUGGAGAGUAUUCCUGUCGAGUUAGAAGAAAAAUUCACUUUGGUUCAACACAUCGAAAAUAUAGCUCACGAAAAAGUGCGUAAUGCUGACAAAUUAAAGGACGAAUUUCUGUCAGGAAAAAAUAACUUAUCGGAAGAAGAAAUAUCUGAAUAUUUAAUCUCAACACUAUAUUUUCUUGACGAUGUAAUGGAAUGCAUUGAUGACCAAGCUAAACUGGUUGUUCGAGCUUUUGAUGAGGUCAGUGAAAAUAUGAGGCAAUUGACUUUAGGUAAAGCAAGGUUAGAAGAAAACAUUUAUAACAGAGCAAGUGGCGCAAAAAAUAUUGAAGAAGGCGUACAACAAAUCGAUGGAAUUUGGAACAAGCCGAGCACAUCAAGGGAAGAAAAAACAACUCCUUACAAAAUAUCUGAAAAGAAAAUAAUUCAAAAAGAAGUUGCAAAAAUGAAUAUUACAGCAACUAGCAAAACACCUUUAGUCGGUGUUAUUCAUCCAACAAAUGCUACCAAUAGUGUAGCCAAUGAUAAAGUAGAGACUGGUCCCCUGAAUGGUGCAUUAGACAAUGCUGGGGUUGCACAUUCGCCUGAAGAAUUAGACAUGCCUGUCGAUUCAAAUGAACAAACAUACUGUUUAUGCAAACAAGUUUCUUAUGGUAAAAUGAUAGCCUGCGAUAACUCAUGUUGCCCAAUUAAACGGUUCCAUUUUGGAUGUGUUAACGUAACUACCAAGCCCAAAGGAAAAUGGUUCUGUCCGAAAUGUAAAACAAACAAAAUGAAAAAAUAACUCAUUUUAAAAAUGGAUAAGUUUUUAAUUUUAUAC